UGUGUACAUCAUCAGUAGUGCCGCUGGGAAGACUCUCACCUCUCACAGUGUCAGUCUGGUCACCCACUCACCGCUUUCCCUUUCCUUAAUAUAAGUGAGGAUGUGUUGAAACCUGGGUGCGAGUUAAAUACGAGGAAGGAGUCACUGACCCAAACAACCCCUUACAGUACUCACUUGAAGUACUGUACUGUAUAUCCUGAAACUAUAUUGUGUGGACAACAGUGUCUGAAACUUACCACCAUGAGGAUAUAUUCUGUUUCAAUGUGUUUUACUUUGGUAAAUAAACUGUUCAAGGUUGAUGUAAAAGUGCGAGUGAUUUUAGGAAAGUUAAUUUAUUUGGAAAACAGUGUAACUAAUGCACCUGAUCAGGUUUGUGAGUGGUGCAACCCAGAAGUUGAUUGUGUAGAGCAGUUAACCAGACGUACACAAUGAUACCCAUCACUAUAGAUGUGGAGGACACUAAACUAAGCACCCAGGUGAGCAAGACUAAGAUCAAGGACUUACUCGGUAGUGUGGCCAGAUUGAUCCUCUCGGACAAAGACUCGCGCAACCUAUUCUUCUUCCUUUUGUUAAAUUUAACUUUUGGGUUUGUGGAACUCUUCUAUGGAAUUUUGACCAACAGCCUUGGCCUCAUAUCUGAUGCCUUCCAUAUGUUUUUUGACUGUUCGGGUCUGGUGGUUGGGCUGGCCGCUAAAGUCAUCACCAAGUGGCGGGCCAACGAUAAAUUUACUUAUGGAUAUGUGAGAGCCGAGAUCCUCGGGGGAUUUAUAAAUGGACUCUUAUUAUUGUUUGUGUCAUUUUUCAUAUUUGCAGAAUCUGUUGAACGUUUAAUUGAGCCUCCGGAAGUGAAACACGAUCGAUUAUUCCUCGUCUCGGUUCUGGGCUUUUUUGUCAAUAUUAUUGGUAUAUUUGCAUUCCAACACGGGGGUGGACACGGUCACAGCCACGGUGGAGGAUCUCACGGACAUUCACACGGCGACCACGGACAUUCUCACGGCGACCACGGACACGCACAUAAUGGACACGCACAGCACGGUCACUCCCGCGGCGGCGGCUCACACAUCAUGCAGGGCGUCUACCUCCACAUCUUGGCCGACACACUGGGGUCGGUCGGUGUCAUUGUGUCAUCCCCCCUCAUGUAUCUGUUUGGAUGGAUGAUAGCAGACCCAAUCUGUUCCUUGUUUAUUGCUGUCCUUAUCCUUGUGAGUGUACUCGGUCUUCUUAAAAAUUCUGUGGAGAUUCUGAUGCAACGACAGCCUAGGGAGUUGAACGAUGUGCUCCCUGGUUGUUUCUAUAAAAUAAGUGCACUUCCGGGAGUGUUCAGUGUUCAGGAGCCACGCGCUUGGACGCUGUGUACUGGACAGUAUGUCGGAAACCUAAAAUUAGAAGUGUCGGCUGCUGCAGAUCCACGAUACGUUGUCCAGCAGACCCGUGCUAUUCUUAAUUCUGUGGGUGUGACACAGGCGUAUGUUCAAUUAGAUUAUUCCACUAUGUAGUGUAUAUAGAAACUUUUAGGCAUCAAUUGUAUACUAUUAAAGUGUGGCUGGGACGCAUAUGGUAACUUCUGCUGAGCCAAAUGUUAUUAAGGUCUCAAAAAAGAGUUGUAAGAAAUGUUGAAUUUUGUGUACAGAGAUAAAUCAAUUAGGUCACCAGUUUAAACAUACCUGAUACUUGUUACAUUUUUCACUCAUUAUGCACUUUUUUUGUUAUUAAUGGUGCUUGUUAGGAAAAACUUGUUUGGAAAAGUUAACCGGAAUAAAUGUUGACAGUUAUGGUUCAAAAUUAUGCUGCUGUUGGGCAUUACAUUAACCCCUUGUGUAGCGAUUCCUAAUGGUCUUAAACGAAUCUCUAAUAAUCAGUUCUUUAUACAGUAUAUUUAUUAUUAUUAUUAUUUGGCCCCUUAAGUUCUUUUGCAAUUCAUAUUGAUAUUUACUUUCACUAUUUCCAGCUCUUAAUUUUAUAUAUAUAUAUAUAUAUAUAUAUAUAUAUAUAUAUAUAUAUAUAUAUAUAUAUAUAUAUAUAUAUAUAUAUAUAUAUAUAUAUAUAUAUAUAUAUAUAUAUAUAUAUAUAUAUAUAUAUAUAUAUACACACAAACAAUGAAAACGUGGAUAAGAUAACACGGGACAUUGUAACUGUGAAGUCUGUAGUGGAUAAUUACUGAAUGUUUAGUUAGGUGGCUUCACUGCAUUUGUGUUUUCUCUGAUUCUCAUUCAUAAAUAAUCUUUUUCACUUGGCUCUCAGAUUUCCUCUGCUUAAAAAUUUACUGUCUCCUUCAUCUAAGCUCACAUAUUUUCUUUUGCACUUCUCUGUUUAUUUAUUUGUAAGGAAAAUCAGUACAAUUGUUUCUAAUGGAGAGAGAUACACAGUACAGUGUUUAUAAAAAAAAACUAGUUUUGUUCAUAAUUUACAGACACCAGUUAAUAAUAUUGGAAGGGGCCGUACAAUCUCCUCAUCCUGUGCAGUGUGCUUCAUGGGUGUUGGGAGGAAGUGUAUUGGGUCUCAAGUCUCUGAGCUGUUAGUCAUUCAUGGUAAGGAAGGACUGUCUUCCCCAGGUCUGUUCCAUUCAUGCCAGAUUAAUUGCCUAAUAUAGAUUACUGUAGUUCCAAUUCUUUUUAUAUUUUUAUGUUUGAGAUUCUGCAAAUCAUAGUCAUAAAUUAUAGUUUAAAGGACAAAAUUUAAUUGAUUUGUCAUGCUUAAUUGGACUUUUUUCCUCAAAAAUUGGUAGGGUCUAGGCAGUGUGUACCUUGCAUAUGAGGAGCUUCUUGAAAUUUAAUCCACGUUAAAAUAUAGAAACUUAAAUUUCAACAACACAUUAGAAACAUAAUUUUGUUGUUGAAACAUCAACAAUGUAAGUGAAAUAUAAUAUAAAUUUUUUAAUGUGGGUUUGAUUUAUGAUUUUGAUAUUCACUUUAUUGUGAAUCCUUCCAAGCUUCUUGAACCUUUUGUACUCACUAUAUUGUACUGGCACAGAUAGCAGUACUGUACUCUACCCUUACCACAUACGCUAUUAAAGUUCUCUCUGGGUGCAGUAUAUUCUGUACGCCAAAAGAAA